AUGACGAAAGUUAAACCUUUGUCAACGUUUCAAUUAAUUGAAGCAACUUUCAAUUGUAUUCCUGAAUUGAAUUUCCUUUCUCCUUCCAAUUUAAGUUAUCAUUAUUCAAAAUUUAUGAAAACUAAUUCAAUGGUAAUUAGAACAAAUCAGCUAAUUACUUUAUUAUUAGGAAAACUUUUUCAAUACAUUCCUGCUCCUCCAACUGUUUCUUUGAUCUUACAUUACUCUUGGAUCUCUUCUCAUUUGUUAACUAUUAUUGGAACUGUUUUAUAUUCUUUUAAUUUGUUUGGUAAUACUUCUAUUCCUCCUGUUCAUGAUUUUCAAUUAGAUUAUCAAAUCAAUUGGUUAAUUUGUUGGUAUGCAUUAUCGGUUUCAGGUUCUAUGUUAGCAUACGCUUUAGUUCUUUAUCAUCAUUACUUGAUUAUUCUUAAUAGUUCUGGUUCAAACGAGUUGUUAAAUGAUAAUGAUAAUGAUCAGCAAGAUCAAAAUGAAAAGGAAAUUACUCUUAUUAAGAUUUUAAAUUCAGAAAAUACACCAUUACUUGGGAUUUCAAUAUUAACUCUUUUCACUCCCAUUAAUAUAACUAAAUUAUUCCCUUCAACCAUUUAUUCCUUAUUAAAUAUCUCAAGUUAUAUCUUAAUUGAGUUAUAUCCUAAAACAAAAUUAUUUGAAUUAACUUUUCCCUUGUUUGUAAUUGUUGAGAAUAAAUUAUUAUUAAUGGCUGCAAUUUUGGAAUUAUUCAACUUUUUCAUUUAUUUAACUCAUAGUUUAUUCAAUAAAACUCAUUCUUAUUCAACCAUUCUUUAUUUAAUGUUGAUUUGUUUGAAAAUUCAAAAUUCUUAUUAUUCAUGUUUGGCAAUUAAAUAUGUAUUCCAAUUCUUCACUUAUUUAUCAAAAUGGAUUAAUAUUUCCCCUGGUUCAAAUUCAAAUGUGAAUGAACCUAUUGUUGCUGAUCCUCGAGCUAAAGAUGAUGAUGAUGAUUCAAGAUCUGAUCCUGAAGAUGAUCUCAAUAAUGAUAUUGAAAUCAACGAUAUUUCUACUUUUGAAGGUUUUAGCCUUCCUGUUCUAAAACGUUCAGAUAGAAUCACAUCAUUUAUGUUUGAUAAUUUAAGUGUUAUAAAUGACUUAUAG